AAGGGAAGUAAUUACACAUGGGCAAAGGAGAUCCUAAGAAGCCGAGAGGCAAAAUGUCAUCGUAUGCCUUCUUUCUGCAAACUUGCCGGGAGGAACACAAGAAGAAGCACCCAGAUGCUUCAGUCAACUUCUCAGAGUUUUCUAAGAAGUGCUCAGAGAGGUGGAAGACCAUGUCUGCUAAGGAGAAAGGAAAAUUUGAAGACAUGGCAAAGGCGGACAAGGCUCGUUAUGAGAGAGAAAUGAAAACUUAUAUUCCUCCUAAAGGGGAAACAAAAAAGAAAUUCAAGGAUCCCAAUGCACCCAAGAGGCCUCCUUCGGCCUUUUUCUUGUUUUGUUCUGAGUAUCGCCCAAAAAUCAAAGGAGAGCAUCCUGGCCUAUCCAUUGGUGACGUUGCAAAGAAGCUGGGAGAGAUGUGGAAUAACACUGCUGCAGAUGACAAGCAGCCUUAUGAAAAGAAGGCUGCUAAGCUGAAGGAGAAAUAUGAAAAG